AUGGCAUUGUCUGCAAUGAUCAGCGGGCUCAAGGAUGGGAGAUUCCUGUUCUCGAUUGGGAAGAACCUACCUUCAACUCUUAGUGAGCUUAUCAGCCGCACACAGAAGUAUAUUAAUGAUGAAGAGUUCUUCAGCUCACGUAAGAGCAACCAGACCUGUGAGUCCUCGUCUAAGGGGAAGAGUUGGAGGGACGAAGAAUCACAGUGCGCGGAUAAAAGGAGGUCGGACGACAACGCCUCCCGAGAUAGAAGACCGAGCAGGAGGCCCGAGAGCAAGUUCAGCUCCUAUACUCCUCUCAAUAUGUCUCCAGAGCAGAUCCUGAUAGACAUUCAAGAUCAGAGCCACAACACUAGUGAUUGCAUCGACCUAAAGGAAGAGAUCGAGACCCUCAUCCGCAAGGGUCAUCUACGCCAAUAUGUAAAAGAAGAGCGGCAGAACCUGAAGGAUGACCAACUUCACAAAGUUGUGAAGGAGACUACAGAGAUUCGAACGAUCUAUAAGGGCCCGUCCGGUGGCGGAGAUUUGAAUCGGGCUCAUAAAGCCCAUUCCAAGAGCUCCGACCUCAGGCAUUACAUCUACUUGGUUGAAAGGCCAAGGAAAGAGCUCAGAGUAAGCCCCUAUAGCCUCACGUUUACAGAGCACGACAUGAGGGGCAUCCAGCACCCCUAUGAUGAUGCCUUAGUAGUUGCGAUGACAAUAGCUACUCAUAAAGUCUACCGUAUCCUAGUUGACACUGGAAGCUCGGCUGAUAUACUCUACUCCGAGGCGUUCGACAAAAUGAGGAUAGACAUGUCGCGCCUCCGACCCGUGAAGACUCCUCUGCAUGGGUUUGCUAGAAUAAGGUGA